AUGUCAAGACUGAUGCACGUUGUCUCACGGUCUUUCACCGCCCUCUACGUCAACCAGUCGUCGAAAACGCUGCGAAUGUCUAGCCUGUCCAUGGUUGGAAUGAUGAGUCUGUACAUACUAGUGUGCGUUAUUGUUUAA